AUGGACAAGGGUGAACAGGGCAGUCAUGAAAAAAACCGUCAGCAUCCCUGCGGCAGGGCGAUCUCGACGGCCCCAGACAUUUUGAAGGCCACCUACGACACCAGCGUGCAUUUCACGUGGGGCUUGGCAUCGUUCAACUGCCUCCGAAGCUUCCCAUUCCAGGACGAAUGCCUGUACGAUCGCCUCUCGCAGCUGCUGUCGCAAUUGCCUGCUCGGCAGAGCGUCCCGCAAAAGUACCAGUUGUCCUGCUGCGUGCGGGAGUUGCUCGAGCAGUUCACGAUUGAGCGAGGGUAUGCGCAUGUGCUGCUGAACCCGUACAUAGUCAAUGGCGUGGCCCGUGGCUGUACAUUGCAGUCUUUUGCGGAUUCCAGUCCCGAGUGGAAUGGCUGGAUGCUCCCGAUUCAGCAAGACGGAAAUCUGCUCCAUAUCGCUUUCUAUGCUGCCGAUGUGGCAAGCUUUGCGGAGUCGUUCAUGAAGAAGACGGGCCUCAUGAAGAUGGGUCAAAAGCAGCUCCCCGUGGCUGCUGCUGGCCAAUGGAACAUGACAUUGGUGGAAGGCUGCUUCUUCAGGGAGCGGUUCACAAAGGAGUUUGUGGAGCUCCUGAGCAACUGUGGCAUCCGUCUUCAUGUCCUCAGCGCUCCUGUCUUGCGGAUGGACCAGCUGAAGCUUGUCACAGAGCUCGAGGGUGGCAACAGUCAGUGGUGGGCAAGUUUGCCACAGGAGGAGUCAAAGUUCCCAGGCAGUGUCUGGGUGACAGCGGACGGUUUUUUCUACACGUUGGCCCGCAAGAUCUUCCCGACCUGCUCGAAAAGCUUCGUCACACCUGUGUACACUCUCCAGGUUUGGGGCUGCUUGCUUGACACUGCUGCUUGUAGCUGCAGGUUGCAGGAUGUUACGUGCUAUGUCCUUCUGAAUCUGUUGCAGGCAGAAGUCCUCAAGGGCGACCUCUAUGAGUCCGAUGCUGACUUCAAAUUCACCCGCAAGAGGGAAGUGGGUGUUGGCUGGAUCGGCGAUACCUCUGUUGAUUGGGGCUUUGGCCUAGAUGGGUACACGUUUGACAGAGCCAUCAUGUUCAAGAAGAUACCUCUGGUGGUCAAGUUUCGUCGUGAUGCUGACUCGAAGGGUCGGCCAUUUGAGUUGCACAUUGCGCGAUGCGCAAAGUGGGGCCAGGGAGUGGACACGGCUGUGCGUACUGCCAAAUCUCAGCUUCAGCCAGCUGCUCAGGGGCAGCCGAGUGCUAGCACUGACGGGCCAGGGGAUGGCUGGACGUCGACGUGGUAG